AUGUUCUUUCGUAGACAUGCUCAAAAACCUAUACCAACACAUAAUAGUAUAGUUGCUACACCUAUUCCAAUAGCCCUUGAUAAAAUAAAAAUAAUUGAAGAUGAAACUGAAUCAACUGAGAAUGAAUUAUCAACAACACCUACUGCUUUAUCACCGAUCGAGAAGACGGUUACUUUUUCUAAUGAAAUAGAUUUAACAACAACACCAACACCAACAACAACAUCUACAACAGAACAUCUAUCAAUAAAACAUCCUGGUCUUUUACGUUUAUUUGAUUCAACUGUAUGUACAGUAUCAAUUGUUAUAUCAUAUUUAUUUAGUACAAAAGAACCUAUGGUACAAGAAUUUCUUGGAAGAAAAUUAUUUGAUUAUCCUAAUGAUGAACUUGAUUUUUAUUUACCACAAUUAAUUAAUAUGUAUAUACAUAUACCAUCAAUUUCUAAUGUUAUACAUAUUUAUAUAACAACAAGAUGUUCUCAAAGUGUUGAUUUUUCUCUUCAAUGUGCAUGGUUACUUGAUGCAUAUAUAGCUGAUCAAAUGAAAGUAGCUAAAAAACCUAAUGCAGCUGUUCGACUUUUAUUUGAUAUAUUAUAUGAAAAAUAUAAACCAAAAAUAUGUUAUAAACCAACAAUAAUUAAUAAUUUAAGUAAUAAUCAUCAUCGACUUGAUGAAGAAGAAAAUGAGAAUGUUAUAAAUCAAGAUGAUGAUAUCAAAACAGAACGUGCAUUAAGUCAAGAAAAUCUUAUGUCAUCAAUGAAUAAAAAACGAGGACAUCAAAAAUCUAGAAGUGAUGUUUCAGAACGUUCAUUACCAAUUAUGAAUGGUGAAACAAGUAAACAUCGUCGUCAACCAAGACUUUGUUUAGGCGAUCUUAAUUCAGGACGUGCUUUUGAUAAUAAUUGCAUGUGUUUUGAAAAUGUCAAUGGUUUUCGACGACGAGAAUGUACAUGCAAUGCUCCAAAAUUAGCUCCAGUUAGAGAAUUUAUGACAGCAUUAAUUAAUAUUGGAAAAAAGCUACCACAUGUACCAACAAAAGAGAAAAAAACACAAAAUUUAAUUGGUGAAAUGAAACGAAUGAAUAUGAAUUUACCAGCACGAGUUUGGAUUCCAUUUUAUAAAUUUCCACAUCAUGUCGUUCGAAUAGCAUAUACGGAAGCAACUGUAUUAAACUCUCGAGAUCGCGCACCUUAUAUUGUUUAUAUCGAAGUUGUUCUUUGUGAUAAUGUAUAUGCAUCUCCACUACCAAUAAAACAAAAUGAAUCAAAAUUACGUUCAACACGAUCAGAAGAAAAUCUUACAGAUCAUAUAAUUAAUCAUCAAACAACAUCAGUUAGUGGAACAAUUGGUGGUUAUCUUAAUUGUGAAACACAAAGUCUUGAUUCAGAAUUAAUCGAUUCAUAUCGAUCAUUUAUUAACAGUGAAGAUGCUGAUAUAUGGUCAACAAGUGAUGAAGUUACUGGUGAUGAACAACAACAACAACAACAACAAACACAAUCACCACCACCACUACCACCACAAUCUGCAUCAAGACGUAAUGGUUUAAUAGGUUAUCGAUCAAAUCAUACGAUGAAUAUUAAUCCUGAAACACAAUCCAUACGUUCAACAGAAAGUCAUUUAAGUCAACAAGAAAUUAUGCCAUCAGAAAUUCGAAAACGAUUAACUGAAGUGAAAACAACUGGACCGAUUUUAUUCGAUCGUGAUCCAGAGGAUCCCUCCGCAGCUACAUUAAAAGAACCAUGGGAUAAAAAAGAACAAAGAAUUCGACAAUCAUCACCUUAUGGUCAUUUAAGAAAUUGGAGACUUGUUGCAGCUAUUGUUAAAUGUGGUGAUGAUCUUCGUCAUGAGCUACUUGCUUAUCAAUUUAUGGUGCGAUUAAAAGAAAUUUGGGCAAACGAACAUGUUCCGGUAUUCGUACGUCCAAUUAAUAUUCUUGUUUUAUCAAAUAAUAGUGGUUUAAUUGAACCAAUUUUAAAUGCAAUAUCACUUCAUCAAAUAAAAAAAAAUUCAAAAUUAUCAUUAAGAAAUUAUUUUCUACGUGAAUUUGGUACAGAAAGAAGUGAAGAAUUUUUAACAGCUGUUAAAAAUUUUGUGCAAAGUUGUGCUGCUUAUUCGAUUGUUUGUUAUUUAUUACAAGUUAAAGAUCGACAUAAUGGAAAUAUUUUAUUAGAUGAUGAAGGUCAUGUUAUUCAUAUUGAUUUUGGUUAUAUGUUAUCAGCAACACCGAAAAAUCUCGGUUUUGAAAGUUCACCAUUUAAAAUAACACAAGAAUUUGUUGAUAUUAUGGGUGGAUUACAAAGUGAUAUGUAUAGUUAUUAUAAAAUACUUAUACUUCGUGGUUUAUUAGCUGCUAGAAAACAUAUGGAUAAAUUAAUGCCUAUUGUAGAAAUAAUGCAACAUGGUUCACAAUUAAAUUGUUUUUCAAAAGGAAAUGUAACAUUAGGUUUACGUGAAAGAUUUCAUUUAAAUAUGACAGAUGAACAAUUAGAAUUUAAUGUUGAAAAAAUGGUUGAAAGUAGUUUGAAUUCAUUGACAACCAGAGUUUAUGAUACAUUUCAAUAUUAUACAAAUGGUAUAAGUAAAUGA